AUGGCAGAGCAGGAGAAUAAUCCAAUUGAGCAGGAAAAAAACCAAGAGGAUCAUGAUGAAAAUAUGCCUGAAUCUGUGGAUGAUGUGCCAUCUGCAUUAGCAGCCCUUUCCUUGAUCAGAAUUGAUGAGGACCAAAUAGACCUUAUGGAUAACAAUACUUCUGAUAGUCAAACCUCAUGGGAAACGAUCGAGUUAACAGAGAUAUUUCAAAAUUCUGAAGGCGCUAUAGAGGAUGUACCAACUACAGGCGAUCUUUCGGCUCAGGAGAAGAUUCCAGGCAUCUGCGAGGAGAAUAAGAACGAUGUCCUAAUUGUACAGAAAAGUACACCCACCAAAUUGAUCCAGGAGAUUCCAGAGACUCCACCGAUUGUGCCUGAUCCCAAAGAUGAUUUUUUGGAGGAGAUUUCUAAAGGAGCCUUAAAGGAUAUACCAACUUCAGGAGAUCUUUCGACUCAGGAGAAGAUUCCAGGCAUCUGCGAGGAGGAUAACGACGAUGUCCCAAUCGUACAGGGAGGUACACCCUUCAAAUUGAUUCAGGAGAUUCCAAAGACUCCACCGAUUGUGCCUAAUCCCAACGAGAAUUUUCUGGAGGAGAUUUCUGAAGGCGCCAUAGGGCAUAUACCAACUUCAGGAGAUCUUACGACCCAGGAGAAGAUUCCUGACAUCCUUGAGAAGGAUAACGACGAUGUCCCAAUAUUGCAGAAAAGUACACCCUCCAAAUUGAGCCAGGAGAUUCCCGAGACUCCACCGAUUGUGCCCAAAGAAGAUUUUCUGGAGGAGAUUUCUAAAGUCGCCUUAAGGGAUAUACCAACUUCAGGAGAUCUUUCGACUCAGGAGAAGAUUCCUGGCAUCUGCGAGGAGGAUAACGACGAUGUCCCAAUUGUACAGGGAGGUACACCCUUCAAAUUGAUUCAGGAGAUUCCAAAGAAUCCACCGAUUGUGCCUAAUCCCAACGAGAAUUUUCUGGAGGAGAUUUCUGAAGGCGCCAUAGGGCAUAUACCAACUUCAGGAGAUCUUACGACCCAGGAGAAGAUUCCUGACAUCCUUGAGAAGGAUAACGACGAUGUCCCAAUAUUGCAGAAAAGUACACCCUCCAAAUUGAGCCAGGAGAUUCCCGAGACUCCACCGAUUGUGCCCAAAGAAGAUUUUCUGGAGGAGAUUUCUAAAGUCGCCUUAAGGGAUAUACCAACUUCAGGAGAUCUUUCGACUCAGGAGAAGAUUCCUGGCAUCUGCGAGGAGGAUAACGACGAUGUCCCAAUUGUACAGGGAGGUACACCCUUCAAAUUGAUUCAGGAGAUUCCAAAGAAUCCACCGAUUGUGCCUAAUCCCAAUGAGAAUUUUCUGGAGGAGAUAACUGAAGGCGCCAUAGGGCAUAUACCAACUUCAGGAGAUCCUACGACCCAGGAGAAGAUUCCUGACAUCCUUGAGAAGGAUAACGACGAUGUCCCAAUAUUGCAGAAAAGUACACCCUCCAAAUUGAGCCAGGAGAUUCCCGAGACUCCACCGAUUGUGCCCAAAGAAGAUUUUCUGGAGGAGAUUUCUAAAGUCGCCUUAAGGGAUAUACCAACUUCAGGAGAUCUUUCGACUCAGGAGAAGAUUCCUGGCAUCUGCGAGGAGGAUAACGACGAUGUCCCAAUUGUACAGGGAGGUACACCCUUCAAAUUGAUUCAGGAGAUUCCAAAGACUCCACCGAUUGUGCCUAAACCCAACGAGAAUUUUCUGGAGGAGAUUUCUGAAGGCGCCAUAGGGCAUAUACCAACUUCAGGAGAUCUUUCGACUCAGGAGAAGAUUCCAGACAUCCUUGAGAAGGAUAGCGACGAUGUCGCGAUUUCGCAGAAAGGUACACACUUCAAAUUGAUCCAGGAGAUUCCAGAGACUUCAGCGAUUGUGCCCAAAGAAGAUUUUCUGGAGGAGAUUUCUAAAUGCGUUUUGAGGGAUAUACCAACUUCAGGAGAUCUUUCGGCUCAGGAGAAGAUUCCAGACAUCCUUGAGAAGGAUAGCGACGAUGUCGCAAUUUCGCAGAAAGGUACACACUUCAAAUUGAUCCAGGAGAUUCCAGAGACUUCAGCGAUUGUGCCUAAUACCAAAGAGGAUUUUCUGGAGGAGAUCACAGAACCAAUAGCUUUUUCCUUAGGCGAAAAGGACAUGAUCGAAAAAAAACAAGAGGAGGAGCUCAUUGAACUGCCUACUCCAGAGGUAAAAGAAUCCUCCAAUGGUAUCUCCAGUGAUCCCCUCUUGGAAAAUAUCCAAAUUAACGAUGAUGUAUACUACAUACUAGGCGAAGAUGGCACCGUUCACCAGGGGCAAUUGCUUAAAUUUCGAAAAUCAAAUAACUCAUAUGUAGCUGACGAGUACUACGUUCGCUAUAUUGGUGCAGGCAAAAAACCAGAUGCCUGGGUGGACAUACACCACAUAUCGGAAAAGGAGAAGGACUUUGGCGGACAUUCGUCAACCAAGAAGAUGAAGUUGACUAACCUUCAAAGCGAGCAAGAUCUAAACAUCAAGAAGAAAAAACAACAGGAAGCCAAGAAUACGACAAAAAGGUACAUUGAAAAAGUUCAAUUUGGACGUUACGAGAUUGAAACCUGGUACAGUAGUCCCUAUCCUGGUAAAUUCGGCAAGUUGCCAAUCAUUUACGUUUGUGAGUUCUGCCUGAAGUACAUGAGCAUGCGGAAGAGCUACGCCUAUCAUCUAUACGACUGCAAGCAGAGGGCUCCGCCAGGAUGCUUAAUUUACCGAAAGAACGAUAUAUUUAUCUACGAGGUGGAUGGCAACGAGAAUACCCUCUACUGCCAGUUUCUUUGCCUCUUGUCCAAGCUUUUCCUGGAAUACAAGGGCUUGUUCUACGAUCCCGCUCCAUUCUUUUUUUACAUUAUGUGUGUGAAGGAACAGGAUGGCGAGCAUAUUGUGGGCUACUAUGCCAGGGACAAGGACUCGGAGGAGAACUUCAAUGUGGCCUGCCUGCUUGUCCUACCGCCAUUCCAGCGAAAAGGCUAUGGAAAGCUGUUGAUCGCCUUGAGCUAUGUGAUCUCACGCAGGGAGGGCUUCAUUGGCGGUCCAGAGAAGCCACUAUCGUUUAUGGGCCAACUUUGCUAUCGCGGCUUUUGGGGCUACACCCUUCUCAAAGAGUUGAAUAACCACGCCUUAACAGAGAAGAUUACCCUCAAGGAACUCAGCGAUUCGACCGGUUUCUUAAAGGAGGACAUCAUCUACGCGCUGCAGGUUAUGAAAAUGAUCAAGUACUUUAAAGGCGCCAACGUCAUUUGCACUAUGCCCAGCAUAAUCGCAGCACGCCUCAAGCUGCCGCAGUUUAGCAAGCCCAGACUGGAACUUGAUCCCAAAUGCCUCGCAUGGAAGGCGGACACCAACACCAAGGAUUAA